GUCCCACACUGCUACCCGUCGGUCGUCUGAGAGAAAUCGCUUCUGUGCGCUGCCGAUGUACAGCAGGCUGCGAUAAAAAAUGGAAAGCGACACGGCCGUCCGGAGGAUAAAAGCCUCCGGGGCUCCGCGUUACGCAGCGUUGGAUGGACAAGCAGCCCGGUGCGAGGAUAACGGCUGCAGCGGCGAGCCGAAGAGGAAGCCCGAAGUGCGGCUGCUGCUGCUGCAGGAAGGGCUGGCGGCUGCCCUGCUCUCCGGGUUUGUUUUGCUGCUGUGGGGAGUCGUUCAUCUCUCGCUCCAGCAGCUUGUCAUCGGGGAGCCGAGCGGAGACUUCAACGCAGGAAGAGCGAGACGACACCUGGAACAGAUCACCAGCGUGGGCCCCCGGCCCGCUGGCAGCCAGGAGAAUGAGGUCCUGACGGUAGGCUACCUGUUGGGACAGAUAGAGGACAUCAGAACCAGGACGGCAGCGGGGCCUCACCAGCUCACUGUGGACGUGCAGCGUCCCACCGGCUCAUUCUCCAUAGACUUUCUAGGGGGGUUCACAAGUUUCUAUGACCGUGUCACCAAUGUUGCAGUGAGGCUGGAACCCAAAGGUGGUGCACAGCACCUGAUGCUUGCCAACUGCCACUUUGACACAGUGGCCAACAGCCCAGGCGCCAGUGAUGAUGCAGUGAGCUGCGCUGUGAUGCUGGAAGUCCUGCACGCUCUUGCCAACCAGUCCACUCCUCUCCACCAUGGCGUAGUAUUCCUCUUUAAUGGGGCAGAGGAAAAUAUCCUGCAGGCCAGUCAUGGUUUUAUUACCCAGCAUUCCUGGGCCAAACAGGUUCGUGCUUUCAUUAACUUGGAGGCAGCAGGCGUUGGCGGCAAGGAAGUUGUUUUUCAGACGGGACCAGAGAACCCCUGGCUCGUCCAGGCCUACGUUCACGCAGCUAAACACCCCUUCGCCUCCGUGGUCGGACAGGAGGUUUUUCAGAGUGGCGUCAUUCCCUCUGACACAGACUUCCGCAUCUAUCGGGACUUUGGUAACAUCCCAGGCAUCGAUCUGGCAUUCAUUGAAAACGGUUUCAUCUAUCACACCAAAUACGACACAGCAGACAGAAUACUGACAGAUUCAAUACAGAGAGCUGGUGACAACAUCCUGGCUGUUUUGAAGCACUUGGCAACAUCUGAGAAGCUGGCAGACUCCUCACAGUAUCGCCAUGGUAACAUGGUGUUCUUUGACCUGCUGGGGGUGAUUGCUGUUGCGUACCCAGCUCGCGUUGGCACCAUCCUCAACUACAUAGUCGCCACGGCCACCUUCCUCUAUCUAGCCAAGAAGGCCUCUCUGCCCGGCAAUCGAGGUGGCCGUUAUGUUCGGGACCUGGCCUGUGCCAUGGGUGUAGCGCUGCUGGCCUGGUUUGUCACCCUGCUGUCGGUGCUUAUUGUCGCUCUCCUCAUUACUCUGUUGGGCCGCUCCAUGUUUUGGUACACUCACUUUUAUGCUGCCAUUUGCUUGUAUGGAGCUGCAGCUACUGGGAAGUUGAUCCUCAUUCAUACGCUGGCCAAAAACUUCUACUAUGGAGGUGUGCGUCUGGUGGAGCUGGGGGAUCUGUAUUUUGACGGAAGCUUGCUGCUGUGGUGCUGCGGCCUGGUGUGGCUCACGCAGCGAGGCUUAUCUUCAGCCUACGUACCCAUGCUGAUGGUGGUCUUCCCUCUGGCUACCAGACUGCUGCUAACCAAGGAAUUUAAAAACAGAGGAGCGUCACUGAAGUACAGUGGGCUGUAUCUUCUGGGCCUGGCGCUGCCCUAUGUCCACUUCAUGUUCCUCAUCUGGGUGGUAUUUGAGAUAUUCACCCCCAUAAUGGGCCGCAGCGGCACAGAGAUACCGCCUGAGGUGGUGAUGGCAUCUUUGGUCACUCUGGCAAUCAUUUUCCUCUCCUCUUAUUUUCUGCAUUUUAUCUACUUGGUGAGGAGCACAAAGUGGAUCCUUACAGCUCUGGGCUCGGUGUUUGUCGUCAUGGUACUGUUGUUGUCAGCCGGCCUGUUCUUUCCUUAUUCUGGGAAUCCAAACAGCCCCCGGCCGAAGAGGAUAUUCCUGCAGCAUACAACUCGGACCUUCCACAACCUUCAGGGCCAGGUGGAGAGCAAAGACUCUGGCAUCUGGAUAAACAGCUUUGACUUCACAGCAGUACAGCACAUCACGCCCAUCAUCCCUGAGAUCAACGACAGCAUCCGGACCCGCUGCCGAGAGGACCGACCUUUCUGUGGUUACCCCUGGUUCCUACCUGUGAAGUUCCUCAGCAGGAAGAACUGGUAUCUCCCAGCCCCACAAGUGCAUCCAGCUUCUCCAGUGGCAUUUAGCCUCCUGUCCAGAGAAGAGACAAGCUGGGGAACGGUCAAGAUGACCUUCAGUGUGAAAGGACCAAACCAUAUGUCUCUGUAUCUGAUGCCUCACAGAGGAGCCAGUCUGUCCUCAUGGUCUCUGGGUGACGGGACGCCUCAGUUUGACCUGAACGGAGAAUAUUUUGUGUUUUAUUCCCAUGGCCUUGAUGCUCCCACAUGGACCUUUUGGUUCGAAAUACAGCCCCCAGCUGAACCAGAUCCAGCCGGCCCAGAGGGAAUGAUCUCAGUUGCCAUAUCAACCCACUACUUCUUCGGCGAGGACCGACGGACUCCUCAGCUGGAGGAAAUCCUUCCCAAGUUUCCCAUCUGGGCUUUUCCCUCCUCUUGGGUCAGUACCUAUGACAUGUACCAGUACUGAGAACGUCUCUACUGAAACAGAGGAGCGUGGGCGGCCCGCUGACACCUUUCAGAGACUACUCAGUUGCCCUUUAACUCUGAGAGUGAAACACUAACAUGCGCCUGAGGAAGACCCCAUCACUGUGCUGACAUGCUGAGCAGGAUCGGCGCUCAGGCCUUACAAGCCUCUUACUCACUACUGGGUUAGUGAAACAAAGGAAUUUAUUUGUACUCAGCUGUGCCUUUUCUUUUCACACUCUCUCACUCUUCUUCCUCCACAUUUCAUCCAACUUUCACGCUAACACUCUUCUUGAAUGAUUCCUGCCGCACGUGUAAGUCACUGGGUUUACCAGCCAUCGCCACACUAAACGUGCCUCUGGGUUCCUCUGCAGAUGCCCUGAUGGGGGGGAUGCUUAGGAUGCGUAAACCCGCUCUCAUAUUGGCUUGUUUUUAUAAAACAAAAAAGGAGCUAUCCAUACACCACAUCUAUUAGGAGCAAAUAUAUAUUUGCAUAUCCUGAAGAGUAACUGUGAUUCUGCUUUGCAUUCCUUUCCUCAGCUGCAGAUUUGCAGUAAACCAUGUCCAUGUGUUUAAAUGAGGAAUGCUAACAUCUGCUCAGGCUUUCAGAGGGUUUGGAGCAAAGCAAAACAGAGCUGGCUGAGGUGUUUCGAGAAAGGCAGUGAAAAGCAAUAAUUAAAUAUCAGCUUUAGAAGAAACUGAAUAAGAAAGAAAGGAGAUUUGAAAUGAAUAGGAAAUCUAUAACAAGGCUCUGCAUUCAGCCAGUGCUGUUCCAGCUGAAAUGGUGCUUAUUUACAUUUCAUUUUGCUGUAAUAUUACUUUGCUGAAACCUGAUUAGGAUUCACUGGGUCUGCAGGAGUGCUAGUAACUUUCUUUUGCUAAACUUAAUCAUUUAUUGUUUUUCAGUGUGUUUCCGAGACUAAAUGUAUCUAAACUGUGGAGAAGUGUCAUAUCUUAGAGCCAAAAAGUAAUUACUGAUUUAGUACCAUAGCAGAACAGAGAAGAUCUGUAAAUUUAAAACAGAUUUGUACAUUUUUAUUGGGAAUUGCUCUACGACAAGCAUUUUUUUCUUUUGACUUCAUUACUUUUUCCUCACACUAGUGGAUAGAAAACUUAACCCUAAUUUUGAUUUCUAAAUGUCUAUUUCCAGAUUAUAGCCUUAGAUAAAUAAUAAUGAUUUCCAUUUAUGCCGAAGAUUAUAGUUUUGUUAAUUUAAGGUUCUUUAAAUAUGAUCAAAAUUAGACUCCUUCCUGUGUUUCCUUCAAAAUAAUAAAUCAAAUACUUUGCUGCAAACUAACCAAUGUGCUUAAAAAAGAAAAAUCAGAAAAUUGUUUGCUUUUUGUUUCAGUCAAGCUAACUUAAAAAAAAAAAAAAAUCUGUUUCUAUUAUAUAUGUUUUUAAGAUUGAUAAAACCCCAGACGUACAUUGUUUUCAGACAAUAACAAUACAUGACUGUUAAAUCGGAGGCAUGAUAUAUUCAAAAUGAUUCGAUCAUUCCUUUAUUCCAAUAGAUUACAUUUUUUUGUUUUGUAGAGAAAGAUAAAAAAGUUAUUUCCACUCAUAUUAUUAGACAUAUAGUGGUAUGCAAAUCUAAACUCCUGCUGUAAGCAGCCUAUCACCAUACUUUGGGGACAGGAGAUGUGUGUGCGAAUGUGAGAUUAAAAGAUCGAGUGGUGCAGACAGCCUGUAAUCUAAGCUGUUAGGUGUCCUCUUCAUUCGGGCAGAUCAUCUGUCUGAUUCAUUCUCACACACAGUGAUCAGCUUCACAGCAACUUGAGCUUUUUUU